AUGAAGUGGAAGGAAGCUGACUGGGAGGCAUGGGAGGCUGCAUUAGCCGAGGCUAUCUCUGAGACGCAGCCCGCCACGCUUGUCACCAGCACCGACGAUAUCGACAAGGACACCGCCCCGGUUUCCCGCGUCUCCCAAUACUCUAUCUAUGCGUAUUCCGAAGAACUCGCAGACCUCAAACGACGCGCAUCCCAAGCAAGACGAUGGGCAAAGGUGUCCGGUGACGAAGCGGAUACUGAACUAUUUAAUCGGCUGAGACACGAACUAGGCAGGGCGGCAGCCAAAGCGGCCCGUGCUGCUCAUCGACACCGGGUCGAGGGGGCAAGCGAGGAUAUCAACGGCCGCGCUCAAAGCGGCCCUCUUCCCCCAAUCCCAGAGGCAAAGGACACUGAUGACAUCCGCGUAUACGAAUACCUACAGCCACUCCAAGCACCAGCGAUAACCACCCACGAGGUAGCCAACGCGAUCCACAGAGCAGCACCUUUUAACGCCCCGGGACCGGACGGCAUCCCGAGUGCCGCGCUCAAACAUGCUAUCAAGGUUCCUCGAGUACUGACGAUCAUCACCAUCCUAUUCAACGAAAGCCUAUACCACGGAUACUGCCCGCAACACUUCCAUAGGAGUGGCACCGAGAUCGGUGUCGGCGCAGCGGCAACAACGUCGAGGGGUAACUCAGUGGCUGUCAUUAGCAAUCUACAGACACACACUGUCUACGCAGCAGAGCUUGAAGGCGCCAGCUCAGGACAGCAUAUAGUUUACGCUAUUGCCGAUCUCAUCCAGCAGCUUAGGGAAAUUGGAUACCAUAUCCGCAUCCGAUGGGUACCAGGGAACGAGCGGGCUGACAAGCUCGCUAAUACUGCGGCAAAUUCCACAUCAACCGCACGAUCAGCGCUACCGGCGGCGACAGUCCUCGUAUCAAGCUACCGCACUAUCCUCCACGAACACGCCUUCGAACAAUGGAAAAGACAGUGGGCCUCGAGCCCGCAUGGCUCAUAUACCCGCGCUUUCUUCCCUAACCCCACCAAGGCCAUCUUCGAUAUACACCAAUCAUUAAAACGCCCGGCAAGCUCGGCCCUCGUGCAAAUGCAGACUGGCAAAAUUGGACUACGAGCCUAUCUCAAUACCAUUAAACAAUGGCGCGAGGAACAGCUCGGAGCUAAAUCCUUAAGGAACCCUAAAAGGUGCAACGCCUGUGACCUUGGGAAUCAGGACACGCAACACGUGCUGCUGACCUACCCCCGUUUCGCAGAACUACGGCUUCAAGUCCUCGGCCUAUCGAGGGAGAUAGAUUGGAAAGACUGGCUCACACAGCCAGAUGCGGCAUCUAAAGCGGCUACAUUCAUACUAAAAACAACCCUACUUGGCCAGUUCCGAGCAUUACCGAACACCUUCCAGGCCACCCGCGCGGGGGCCUGUGAUUAUGGGCAGUGUCAUGCCCUGCUUGCGCUUUCGGGCCAAAAUUACUACAGAAGACUAGCGCCUAUAUCUCCUCGAGGAUGUGGGAAUGAAAGAUGGUCGCGAGAAGCGGCCGACGAUCUAAACAAGGAGCGGGAGUGUCUGGGCAAUUGA